AUGAAAAACAAUAUACUAGAAUUCUAAGAGGAUAUAGCUAAUAUAAUUAAAGGAAUAGCAUUCUAUGAUAUUAUUAUAGAAAAUGAAAAGAUUAAAAUUGCUGAAAAUCCAAACUUUGAUCCAUAUGCAGCUUGGUCGCAAAUUGAUUUGAAAUAAUAAGGAUAUGUAGAUGCACAAUACUUGAAUAAAUAUCUAUCGGUUAACAGGAUUGCUGCUAGUGUGAAAGAGUGUCAGUAUAUUUUAAAUUUAUGCACAACGAAUAAAAAUUAAAUGACAUAAAAUGAGUUUAUAAAUUUCAUUCUACCAAAAACCAACACAUAAUUGAAAAAACUCUGCCUUUAAAGAAGAGAAAUGUAACUUUAAAGUAGACAUGCUCACUUUUUGUCUGAUUCAGUUAUUUUAAGAAACUCUGAAUAUUUAGCUUCAGAAAUAUUUUUGUUAGAGAUAAAAGGUUUUAGAGAAAUUGAAGACCUUCGCAAAAAUUUUAAAUCUAAAAAUCAAUACAAUAUAUAGUAAAUAUUUUAAGUAGUAGACAAUGACGGUAGAGGAGUUAUUGAUUAUGAAGUAUUGCAUAAGUUUAUGAAAAAGAACGGCGUUUAAUUCAACGAAGAUGAAUUCAAAGCAUUUAUUUCAAGAACUACUGAAGACGGAGACUCAAAGCUUGAUUACGAGGAAUUAAUAGUUUCUUUAAUGCCAAUUGAUCCCUACAUAUACCCUCACUACAGAGAAUAAUUUAACCCAACUGAAAAUAACUAGUACGUAAUAAGAAAAGCUUAAGAAUUCAAGACAGACGCUCUAAAUCCUCCUGUUUACUUUGAAGUGACAAAAAAAACUUAAAAUAAAAUAAAUAAAUCUAAUUCAUAAGCUAAUAUAAAAUAUUAUUCUUACAACUAUCCGAUUAGAAAAGUGUAUAAUCCUUACGAAAAUGGAAGACCUACAUAUAAUUGUGAUGAAGGAUACAUGGGAUAAUUAAAGAGUUACAGAGAUGCCUAUUAUAACCCAAGCAGAGAAAAUACUAUUUAGUACACAAAUAGAUUCCAAGAAGGAAUCAGAUACCACGAUUAGCAUUUUGAAAAGUUUUACAAAUUCAUACACGACAGAGACUAAAGCGAAUAGUUGUUCAAUAAAUUCGGAAAGAGAUAUGCUUAUGAUGAAAAUAUGAAUCUUAUAAGAGAAUAAAUGCUUGGAUUGGCUGAGCAGUAAGUAAAACCCAAAAAAUAGACAGAUCAGACUUCAGCUAACAGAUCUGUAGCUGAUACUCUAAGAUUUGCUACAAUAGGCAGCAAGACAAACGAUAGUUAAUAUAAAUCAAAUGACAACGUAAGAACUAUUUAAAAUAACAAAUCUAAUGUCGAAGCUAAAAGCAAAUAGUAAUAAGUUGAUGAUAUUGAAGAAUUUGAUGAAUAUUGA